AUGUGCUAUCGGGCGCAUCCGACAAAUUCUACAAUCGAGUGCGACCGGGAGCCAGCUUCCACGGAAGGAAAGCUGCUGAAGAAGCUGCUGUGUGGGAGAUACGAUAAAUCACAACGACCAGUAAAGAAUGACACCACUGUGAUGGACAUUCAAUCGUCCAUGUUUGUUCGAAACUACGACCUGGUACGCGACGUGCUCCAAUCUCUGAGCUUGUACGUUUGGAUGACGCUAACGUGGAAGGACGAAUGGUUAACCUGGGAUCGUUCGGAGUUCGAUAUGGAAAAGGUGAUGAUCGAUUCCGACGAACUGUGGCAGCCCACACUCAUCUCGUACACCGACAAACAAGACGGAAGUAUGAAAUCGGCCUGCACCGACCAUAUGUGUGAAGUAAAAUACAAUGGAGAGGUCAAUUGUAUCCCUCCUUGUAAAUACGGGGCUAUUUGUAAGAACGAUAUUGCGAACUGGCCGUUUGACAUACAGAACUGCUCCUUGAUUAUUGGCACACAGCUGGAGAAAUCGACUGCUAUUCGCUUUAACAAUCCACCGAAAAUGUCAACUUCCUUUGAGAUGGAUCACCCCGAAUGGAAGUUACUUUCGAGUAAUAUUAGCACCGGUGAUUUGUCCGAAAACUCCAACAUAAGGGAAGCAGAGUACAUUUUUGUUCUGGAGCGUCACGUAGCUAUAUAUAGCGCUAUUCUUACACCGGGAGUUUUCGCAUUAAAGUGCGAUGGCGAACCUUCCACCAAAGAGGGAAUACUGCAGAAGAAACUAUUCUGUUCUAAUUAUGACAAAUCCGAACGCCCAGUGAAGGAUCACAACACUGCAGUCAACAUCUCGGCAACCUUGCAUUUGCAAAACUACGACGUGAGCGAAAGGAAAUCCACCUUGAACCUGUUCGUUUGGAUGACCUUCAUUUGGAGGGACGAAUUCCUGUCAUGGGACCGGGCGGAGUACGGAAUAGACAAACUGAUUGUGGAUGCAACCGAAUUGUGGCAACCAACUUUCAUAGCGUUUCAUAAUCUCAAAAGUGGCAGCGGGGAUACGGCAUGUUCCGGCCAUCGCUGUGAGGUAAACCAAACUGGACACGUACUCUGUGUGCCUCCCUGCCAGUACGAAGCACUCUGCAUAAGUGAUACGAUGAAUUGGCCGUUUGAUAAGCUGAAAUGCACCAUGUUUCUGGGUGUUUGGCUAGAACACGUGGGACAAAUUAACAUUAGCAAAACAUCAAAUGUGUCACCCACUUACAUUAACUUGCAGCACGCCGAAUGGAAAAUACAAUCUGCGAUCACACUGUACAUUUUUUUGCCAGACAACACCAGCUAUCCAUCAUUAGAAUUUGUGUUCACCCUAGAGCGCCACACAGCGAUCUAUGGAGUGAUAUUGGCACCAGGGUUAUUACUGCUUAUAAUCAAUUUUGUCGUCCUGUGGAUGAACAGCCGCAGCAACGAAAGAUUGUACAUUCUGUGUGCGACCUGUAUGGCGCAUUUUAGCUACAUGGAGUACCUGUACUGGAGAGUGCCAUACAAUGGCGAGUCUGUCCCAACAACACUUCUCUUUUUCCGGAACUCACUGAUCAUCAAUGCGUUUAUGUUGGCUUUCACCAUCGUUCUUCGGCAUGCGGAAACAAAACCAAUCAAUUCCGAACGCUGGGUGGAUAAGCUGGCUCUCCGAUGUGCUUCAACAAGCUUUGGACGUGUAUUUCUUCAGGCCGAUGAUUUUAAUGUAGCUAAAGAGCAAGAGGUAACCUCUGACGAUGGUACGGGUAAUGCAGACGACAAUCGGUCGUCUAAUGCUGACGGGGAUACAGUUAAUUUGGUGGUUGAUACAUCAGAUAACACCGACCCCGCGACCCCAACUGAGCAUAUUGUUCGCCAGCAUCACGUCGUAAUAACGUUCAUGGAUAGGAUGCUGUUUGUUGGUUGUGUGCUAAGUUACCCCACUAUGCUCUACAUUCUAAUGCCGAAUGCUAAUAUAAUGUAG